CCCAUCCUGUCCCCUUUGUCUAACGCCCCCCACUACAGCACUCAUACUAAUAGAAAAAAAGCCCUAAUUUUCAAAAUUCCCAAAUUUUCCUCUCCGAAUUUACUCGUUUUAUUAACCAGUCGACAUUAAUUCAGUAAUUUUCUAUCGCUAAUAAUGAGAGGAACGAAACGCUUCGCCGCCUCCGACUUGAAUCCAUUACCCAAUGAUUCAAUUCUGAGUAAAAGAAUACUGGCUGGGUCAUCCCUUGAUACUCAAAGGGCUGAGCCAUCUCAACGGCAAAUAAUGACAGCUAGUCCACCAUUGGAUAUGCAGAGAGCAGAAUCAUCUAGACAGCAUGUGAGAGCACUCAACAAGCAAUUCGCGAGUUGGAUCCAGACACAAUUAGAGAAGCACCCAGAUGAACUUUGGGAAGAUGGAGUUCAGGACUAUCUGAAUCAUGCUAAAACCAUUAUGGAGAAAUUCGAUGAUGUUGUCAGCUGGCUGAAAGCGAAUGCUGCAAAAGCUGAAAACAACUCUAUCACUGGUUUGGAUACCAUUCAGAAAAAACCUGUAUCUGAAAGCAAAGAACAAGCCAAUAACUUUUUAUUUGGAAAACCUGGGAUCCCUCCAGCUAGUACAACUGCAAGCUUUGGAACAUCUUGGGGUUCUGGACCAGUCUUUAACAAUAGCAGUCCUUUUUCUUUUGGAAUUCAAGGUUCUGUUGGAAACAAAUAUUCAGUUUCCAUGAACAACGAUGCUUCAAAUGACACAGUUGAGGAAGAGGAUGUGGAGCAGCCUAGCAGUCCAUCUGUGAAGAAGACUGAAGAGGAAGGAAUCAUUGUGGUUCAUGAAGUUAAUUGUAAAGUAUAUGUCAAGUCCAGUGACCCAACUGACAAAGAUGCAUGGAAGGAUAAGGGCUCGGGGCAACUUUCUAUCAAAUGUAAAGAGGGUGUUGAUAAGGGUACCAGAGAAUCCAAGCCAAUUAUUGUUGUACGAAAUGAAGUUGGGAAGGUGUUGCUCAAUGCAUCAUUAUAUACUGGCAUCAAGACCAAUUUGCAGAGGCGCUCUAUUAUUGCUAUAUUUCAUACUUUGGUUGGAAUUGCAGCCCUAUCAUAAAUUGCACUCUGUUAUCUUCAGGAUUGUUGACAUAACUGGCUUUGUCUCGGAAACCAUGGAAUUGACCUUAUAUAAGUAAUAUGUAUCACCAUGGAUCCAUUUCUCUGUCUUCUGUGCAGGCUGGCAGGUGCAUCAAAGAACAUGUGAUUGUUCUGGCUGUAGCUUUUUGACGCAUUUGAUUGUUUAUUGCAUCCUUGCUAUGCCAUAUUGAUCCCAUUAAUUCACCAGUUAUCCCAUUUCGCCUUGGGGAUAAAAGAAAAGGAAAUUGAAGUUCUUUGCCCUCUAGGUUUACGUCUGUUACAGUAUUUACUAAAAAGUGUGCUCCAUUUCAUUACUGAUACUAAUCUAUGAUGAUUCAGUAGCUCUGCUUGGAUAUGCAAGGUGUCUUUCAUGUGAGUAGACCUGUUGGUGUUUUGCGGUUUCAUAUGAAACUCUCUAAUCAGUGAAUUGAUGUCUGUAGGCUGAUGGUGACAACAAAGAGACCGUUGUUGCACAGACAUUCUUGAUAAGAACUAAGACUGACGAGGAACGCGAUCAAUUGGCUGAGGUUAUUAAAGAAUAUGCUCCUGCAGCAUGAAGGUUGAGUUGGAAACUGCAUAGAUGGAUCAUCUUGUUGUACAAACUAUCUGAGCGUUUACGAGUCGUGCUUGGAUAUUCUUUCUCUAUUUAUUUGUUUUCCAAGAUUUGUGGUCGGGGAAUGGCAUCAAAAUUUAGCCGAUCGCUUUUAUCGGAAAUUUAGGUACAGAAAGCUUUAUCUGUAAUUUGAGGAAAAUUCCAAUGUAUAACAGUAGUGUUAUAUAGAGGAGAAACAAUACAUGCCCCGUUUAACAAAAUAAUUUAAGGCUGUGCUUGCAUUGGAGUAUCGUU